AUGGCAUUAGUCACUGGCGGUCUUGAUCUGUCAACAGGAGGCCGAGGAGGUGGCGGUGGCAUAGGCCGAUUGCUGGAAAUUUCUGGUGUCACAUGGGCUCUGUUAGGUAUUUGGACAGAGAUAGGAGCCAAGUUCACACUUUCUGCACUUGAACUGAAGCCUACUGGUUUACUCGAUAUCUUAGGUUUGUCGGCGCGAUUAAUCGGUGGAGGCCCUACUCUAAAAGAGGAGUUCCUUCUCACUUCGCCCGAUCGUCUAGGGGGAGGUGGCGAGGGUGGGAGCGAAGACGGAUAUGAGGCGGGAGGAGCAGUUGAUGUUGGCCUUGAAGAAAUAAUACGAGUGGGCGACGGGGAUAACUUUCGACCGCCAUUGGUACGCGGAGGCCGCAGUGUAACAUCACUUACUUCUGCAUCACGACCUCUCGCAGCUUGGACUGACUCCGCCAAAUGCAAUACUGCCUCCGGUCGACUUGGUAAGGUUGGCGCUGCUCUGGCAACAUCUCCAGAAUUUGCAAUAUUCCUGAAACCUUUUGGAGAGACUCCUCUGAUUGCACUGUUAUUGGUCGGUUGGGCAUUUGCCAUUUGUUCGAAAUGA